UGAGCCCACCUUGUUUGGAAAAGCUAGCGUGCGUGGAAGCGAUUUUCACUCCUUAACGACAACUCCGAUUUGCUGGAUACCCACCCUAUCUCAGCCAUGUCAUACCGUCAACGAAUACCGAUGGAUCCCGACGGGACCAACGAGGCAGUCAAUCUGGCUAAAAACUACCUCGAUCCACCCGAUAAUGAGCCAUCCUUCUCGCUGAACGCCCGUCAAUUAGGCCUCUUGAAAUCUCGCCAGCAACGUGAUCCGUCGGUCAUCAACGAAAAGCAGCCCUUUGUCUCUCGAUCCAAUAUGAGCCAGCAGCAGCACAAGCCAAAAUCAGAUAACGACUUUGGGACGUCUGCUGUCAAACCCCGCGCCCACGGUCCUAUGCGGACGCCUAAUCCUAUUUCCCGCUUUAGUGCGGCUGCCGCUCAUAGAAGACAACCGUUGGCUGAUGAACAGGGACGCGCUGCCUAUUUAAGACCGCUGCUGCAGCAACGAGCCUUGAAAAAAAGUAGCACAACAAGCGCAGAUUCCGACCCGAGCGGAAAAGCAUUACUUCGUAGAAUGCUAGCGAAGGUUGUGGUCAAGAAAUCAAAGUCGACAAGCACUGGUGCGAGCUCGGAGAAUAAUCCAGAUCGUGGCUUGCCGUCGAAAACGAUGAUGGAUAAAGAUCGGGCAAAAACUACCGAGACGAAUAGGAGUGAGAGACAGGAAGCACGUGAAGCCUGCAAGUACACGUCGCCCGUAGACAAUACGGUUGCACCCAAACGCAGUAGACAGGUAGACGAGGGCUUGAAAUAUCGUAUUCAUGAAAAAUUGCGUCAGAAGCCCUUUAAGAUGCAUCCUUGUGACUUGAAGGUGAGCGCAAUCGAGCGGCCUCUCGUUAUGAGUGAUGAUGACGAUGGGUUGGAAGGAUAUGAACACUUUAUUAAACAGCUUCGAGGAGAGGUCUCUGGGAAGCACUGGCAGCUCUGGAGAAGCUUCUCAGCUCUCAUGACGGGGGGUGAUCCUCCGGACGAGGGUAUCAUGCAUAUUGAUAGGCCGUGUGAAUUUGAUGAACGGACCCGCAAGAAUUUAUCAGUAUUGAACUUGCACCUGAAGAAAUAUGGCGAAGCAGAGUGCAAUUCCAAAACGCAGCUCAUAAACGACAGGCGUCUUUCAAAAGAGCGUAUAAAUCGCUCGUACCCGGCAAACCAACGACAAGCCGUUUCAAAUAUUGAAUCAUCAGCAUCCUCAAGUUCGGAGAACAGCGCUUUGGAAAACGACGCAGUUUUGCAAAUGCGGUCGUCGCUGUCGACGGCCCUCGAAUUUUCUCAAAUAGAGCUCUCUGAAAGUCUCCGAAAGUAUCACACGGAUAAAGGAGCGUCAGGAAGUUCAAACCAGCAACAUGAUGAUCUUGAGUCUGCUAAGUACCACACAGCGAAAGAAAAAGAUAACUGUGCUGGCGCCAAAGAAGCACCUUCAGAAACAGUCACCGGGAGUGAGAAUAGAGCUAGUAACAGCUCGAUAGUAUCACUCGACCAGUUCGAACUCAGACCUUCUCCCCCUUCAGAUGCCAAUGGCUCAAUCAUCUGGUCAGAUGUACGGCUGAGAUCCUUAGAUCAAGUAUCGUAUAACAGCGAGCUCGACAGCAUCAAAGCUUCGACACCUGUUUGGGCGAACAUGAAGCUACGUCCCGUGGUCAACUUCAGUAAGUUGGGAGACGACGUCCGCGCGACGAACAGCGCUGAUUUCGACAGCAUUCCGCAAGUUAAUUCAGGAACUUCGCAAAAGCCAAUUGAUACAGAGGAUUUUGACAAGCUACAAAGCACGGAUACGGGUACGGAAAAGAAACCAAUUUUUGUCCAAACUCCUACUGCUGUCGUUUACAAGCAACCGCUUAUGGAUGGCAUCGAGCGCUGUGAAAAACCUCGACCCGAGCAAAGGCAGCUAUUGCAACCAACUCCUAUACCACAUUCAGCUCAAGUACUGACAGGUCCGAAGCCGGAAGAUGCUCACCCCCGAGUUACAAAGCUAUCUACCGGUCCUAUUGGACAAGCUUCUGGCGACAAGAUUGACGAAGCCACAGUCUUCAAAGUAAAGCAAACGACUAAUUCAUCGUUGGAAGUGGAGCGUCGCGUUAUUGUUGGUAAGAAGAUGAUAAUGUUAGUAGAAUCUCCGGUCGGCGAUUCGAGGGCCUCAGUGUUGUGGAAGCUAGCUCGAGAAAAAGUGGAAUCCUUAACACUUGACAUGGCAUUGCAAAAGGUAGCACUUCUUUGUUUUAAGGGUUCAUCUCGAAAAGUGCUUGAUUUCAUUUCUUCAGAAGACUGCCUGAAGUUCGCCAACACGUUUUACAACAUGAAUGCGGUGGUUCCAUUAAGUAAAACAGAUCCAAUGGUUUCGGCAUCCUUGCAGUCUGAUGACGCAGAAAUCGAUGACUCCAGUACGACGGAUCGGGUUGCAUCGCUGAACGAUGAGGAGCAAACCCUUCUUGAAAUGUUUCGUCUUCUUCGGCGCACGCAGCCUGCCGAGAAUGCGUUUGAUACUAGCCUAUCUCGCAGAGGUAGCGAAGCCAAAACACUAUCUUCAACAUUGACACCCAAAGAAGAAGAAAUAGCGAAAAAGUAUCUAAUGAUGCUUGAACUCAAAGUGCCACUUAAUGAGGUGAAAAGCAGUUUGUUAAAGGACGGAGUUGACAGCAAAAUUGUCACAAAAAUUAUGCGGGAGGCUGUGGACAUGCCUGUCAAUGUAGUCAAUGCACCUGAUCUACCUUCUAGCCCAGUCUCAACAAUGACAUGUUCCGUUGCGCAAGUUUCGGACGAAUCGGAAAUUGCAGCCCCGUACAAAAAAAUGAUUAGACUGAGAAUCCCAGCAGAGGCAGUCCGGCACAAAAUGAUUAAAGACGAAAUCAGUCCUCGAAUCAUUGAUCUUGUCCUGGGAACAGGAGGGGCGGUAUAUAACAAAAUAAACGAUGACCUUGCCUUGUCAUCCGAGGAAGCUGUACUGGUACUGAAAUAUCAAAAGAUGUUGAAAAUUUCCAUCGCACCAGAAGCAGUUCGGCACAAGAUGAGGCAGGACCAAGUGAAUAACAAGAUCAUUGCCGCUGUUUUCUCUCAAAAUGAGAAAGAGAAAGUUGAAGCUCCAAGGCUGAACUUGUCGAUUGAAGAAGAGAAAAUAGCCGAGAAAUAUCGAGAAAUGGUACGUCUCAAAGUUCCGAAAGAAGGUGUUCGGCAUCGUAUGACGAAGGACCAGAUAGACAAGAAAAUCGUCGAUUCUGUUCUGCAAGAUGAUUCGUGUACAUCCAAAGAUACAUCUGCCAACCUUCCGGACCAUCGAAAAGUCCCAUCAUCCAGUCUCACCUCAGAUGAAGAGGCUGUUGUCCUCCAGUACAAAAGGCUUCUCAAAUUGCAGAUUCCGAAGGCUGCAAUUUUGGAUCGAAUGGAAAAGGAAGGGGCCAGCGCAAACGUAAUAAAAGCUGUAUUGGGUAAUGUCACUUCCAAAUGCAAUCCGGGGGAAAAGGAUACUGAUAGCCAGUCGAAGACUGGAACUAAGCUUGUCUCCCUUCAUUGGACCCCGCUCUCUGGUACAGCCUUAGACAAUAGCGUUUGGGCAGCAAGAAAGAGGCGUAAAGAUGAGCUUCCUCAACCCGAAGGGAGUGACAUUUUUCAACUAAUUCAUCUCUUUCAAAAGAAGACCGCAAACACAUCCGUCAAAGAAGGCAGCGUUGACGAGAGCUCCAGCGCUCAAGGAAAAGCAAUGCUUCUUGAAGUUACUCGCUCCAACAAUGUGGCCAUUAGUCUGAAAGCAUUCAAAGACUUCUCCUUUUUGGAGCUAGCGGAGACCAUUGCCCUCCUGGAUCCUCUAAGGAAAAUUCGCGGGGACCGGAUACUCUUCCUACGUGAUCUAUUGCCAACCAUUUCAGAAGUCCAGACAAUUUUGGCGUACAAGGGAACAGAUGAUCGCCUUGUCCCAGCCGAACGAUGGUUCAGAGCGACGGCGCAGAUAAGGAGAAUAGAAACCAAAGUUCAGGUAUUGCAAUCUAUGGAAACAUUGCGAUCUGAAAUUCUAGCCUUAUGCGAGAACUUUCGCCUUCUCGCUCGGGCCUGCCGUCAAGUGAUGGAAAGUGAAAAGCUCGAAGCGUUACUCGAAAUGGUCUUGCGCGUAGGAAAUAUCAUGAACGAAGGGACGCGCACAGGAGGAGCUGCUGGUUUCAAAUUUGAUUCACUGCUUCGACUUACGCAGACAAAGAGUUCCGAUGGACGGACGACUGUUUUAGAUUUUCUCGUGACCGUUUUUGUUGCCAAAGGAAGUAGGGGAACGCUGAAUUUAUCUUCCGAUAUUUCUGAUUGCCACAUGGCGAGUCGAAUGCUCAUGUCGGAUAUGAGUAAUGACGUGAAAAAUAUCCGACAGGCACUGGACGUGUGCUCGACAGAACUCGCCGCCCUCAGAGAUGAAAUUACUAGCUCUACCAUCGAAGGAAAAAAAUCUGGCCAGUGUAGUGAUUUAAAGCGGACUGAGCAUGCCGUAUUCUCUAAACGCGAAGAAUUCCUAGCUGCAGUAUCGAAGUCAUCCGAAAAAAAAUCUAAAAUCAAUGGCGAGGCGAGCUUAUCGACUGACCUUUCUGAAGGUUGCGACAAAGACAGCGUUUCUCACGACAUCCACGGAGGAAUAAACAGACUCGAGAGAUUCAUCGGAGAAGGUAAUGUUAUUUUUGAUUCUCUAGAAGGUGAACGAGAGGAUGCCUUUCAAGCUUGCGGAGAGCUUUCUAAGUAUUGCGGAGAAAGUGGGGGUGUUGGAGCGGCAUGCCCGCUCCUCGGUAUUCUCGCUCAAUUCGCAACAAGCAUAGACGCUGCGCUCGCUAAACACGACAAGCUCAAAGCAAGCGAAGCCCGACGACUGAAGAGAGAUGAAGAUCGUCUGUCCCCGAGAAGCUUCACAACUGAACAGACAAAUUCAGUUUCGAGUCAAAAAGAUGACGGGAAGUCCUUGAUUCUUCUGGUGAAUAAAAUGUUGAAGGAAGCCUCGGACAGAGCAAAAGACGAUUUCAAGAAAGGCCGCAUCUAUCCCAAUCCUAGCACAGCAUUGAAAGCAAUUUACGAAAAGGAAGAGCGACAGGUCAUGUUCGCUUCACCAACAUCAUCCCGCCGAAAAAUCGAUUUGCUAACUGCCAUUCGAAUGCGCGAAGGAAGAGUAAAAGAUAGCGAGUCUCUGGAAGUGCAAUCGACGUUGAACACGAACAACAAUGGGGCCGAACAUGGAUGUGACGAAGAAACUUCUAAAUCGUUAAAAGCAGGAGCUGCUUUGAAUCGACUACAGCAGACACUGAUUGUUGAUCAGUCAAGCACUUUAAAAGAAGUAGCGUCCGAUAAUCACGGGGAUUCAAUACACCUUACCAGCCAAACAAGUCCAGAAAAACAAGACGACUUUGUGAAUAUACAUGUCCCCGCAGCUGAAGUCGUCUUGGACAGCACAAGUACAACAACUAAUUCUGCUUCGCCUAUUGCUACACCAAGCUCCGUGACUGUCCUUGAGUCUACCGUAGACAAACGCACAGGAGAGGGCUCGUUGCAGUCCCAAGUCAACAUGACAGCCUCUAUAUCAGGAGGGCACCGGAUUGCUGAAGAAGAGGUCAAACAUCGCGAUGGCACCGGUUGUGGCCCUGGAAAGACAGUGUCAGACAAAGAGGAAUCACUUUGUGAUGCAAAUCGCAGACCGAUCGAAUCAAGUGACCAACCUCACCGUUCCGACGCCAAAAUUGGACACGAUGAUGCGCCGAAGGAUGGUGAAGUUAAGACGAAUUUAACAAAUCCUCUGAGGCAAAAACAUCCACGGCCCGCUCCUUGUUUCCAAAGUCUUGAAGAUCCCUUCAAAGCAAGAGAACUUGUGUUGAGCAUGAAGUUCAAAGAUACGAAUUGUUGCAAAGCACCGGAGCGCUCUGCCGAAACAAAGGCUUUGAAGCCGGACAAAAUAGGUAGCAACCUUUCGCCCCUCCCGGAUCGCACCCUUGUCCGACGUCUCAAUGAUCGACAGUCUCUGGAAGGAAGUCGUCAACCGAUGAAAGAAGCCCUUGCUGUGACCAGCGAUUCACAUUCACCGGCGCAAAGCCGUACAUUACAGGGGCUGGCAAGUGCUGCGGAUCACGAUGCCGAGUUGAGCGGCAAUUUUCCCAAGGUUAGAAUCACAUCUGCUUCCCACUUUGGAGAGAAAGAAAGUACCAGUAUUGCAUUGCUGGCACGCGCAAAGCGGGCGGAAAAGACGAAAGGAAGUCAUCCACUCCAAAAUCUCGAAAUCAAGAAUCCGCCCUCAACAAUGGGCUAUACUGAGGGAAGGCUGUCGCAUUUCAAUACCAAGACGCUAGAAGGAUUAUGUGCGUCUCCAGUUGAAGCUUCCCCGGAAAAUGCUCUGUCGAAGAUAUCGAAUUCUUCACCGGAAACGGGGGAAGGUAAUUCAAGUGAUGGAAAAUAUCAGUCUACUUUCGCAAGAAUGGCACGUUUGAAAAGGAAAGAGAAACGAGGAAAGCAUGCCUAGUCUUUGUCUCUCUGUGUACUUGUUAUUGGACUCUCGGAUACUUAUUCGGUUUUUACUUUUUCUCGAAACACGCACUGUUGCGAAGUAAAUAAUAAACACCAUUGGAAUUG